CUGCUGCUGCCGCCGCCGCUGCCACUGCCUUUGCCGCCACCGUCUCCGCCGCCGCCGUCCCCGCGCUGCCUCCGGGAGCCUCCAUUGUUCCGACGGUGCUGGGUCCCGAGACCGGGCAACCUAGGGGCUUUCGAAAGGGGCGGCGGCCGCCGCAAUUGAGAGACCGGGGCGCCGGCGGGACUGGGAGCGGCAGGGGUCAGCGCGGGAAUCCCAGGGAGCCGGGCCAGAGCGUGGGGCGGCAGGGGGUCGGGGUGGCGAGGUCUGCAGUCUCCGGAAUUGGGACUCCCCAUCCCCGGCCCGUCUUUCCCCGCCGGCCUCCCCUAGUGGGGUCGGAGCCCCGGCGGGCGCCCUCGGCAAUGAGCCCGGACUCGAGGUGGCCGUGAUUUCUGCUGGAGUCCAGGACCAAAUCAUUGGCUACCUGUUCAAGCUUCUGCAUGGGCUGACACUAGCCUUCAUCCAUCUCAUCUCCAGAACUGGUGAUCCCCUCAUUUAGCUAUUCAUUCAACAGAUUAUUUAUUCAUUGGCCAAAACAACACUACAUGCCAGAUGUGACAGCAUGGGGGUGGACUUUGACGUGAAGACUUUCUGCCACAACUUGCGGGCAACUAAGCCACCGUAUGAGUGCCCUGUGGAGACCUGCCGCAAGGUCUACAAGAGUUACAGUGGUAUUGAGUACCACCUGUACCACUAUGACCAUGACAACCCACCGCCCCCACAGCAGACUCCACUCCGAAAGCACAAGAAGAAGGGGCGCCAGUCACGCCCAGCCAACAAGCAGUCACCCACCCCCUCAGAGGUAUCCCAGUCGCCCAGCCGUGAGGUGAUGAGUUACGCACAGGCCCAGCGCAUGGUGGAGGUGGACCUGCACGGCCGCGUCCACCGCAUCAGCAUCUUUGACAACCUGGAUGUGGUGUCAGAAGAUGAGGAGGCCCCUGAGGAGGCUCCUGAGAACGGCAGCAAUAAGGAGAACACUGAGACACCGGCUGCUACUCCCAAGUCAGGCAAGCAUAAGAACAAGGAGAAGCGCAAGGACUCCAACCAUCACCAUCACCACAAUGCUUCUGCAAGCACCACUCCCAAGCUGCCAGAGGUGGUAUACCGGGAGUUGGAGCAGGAUACCCCUGAUGCCCCGCCCCGGCCAACUUCCUAUUACCGGUACAUCGAGAAGUCGGCGGAAGAGCUCGAUGAGGAAGUAGAGUAUGACAUGGAUGAGGAGGACUACAUCUGGCUGGAUAUCAUGAACGAGCGGCGGAAGACGGAGGGUGUGAGUCCCAUACCGCAGGAAAUCUUUGAGUACUUAAUGGACCGGCUGGAGAAAGAGUCCUACUUUGAGAGCCACAAUAAAGGCGACCCCAAUGCGCUCGUGGAUGAGGAUGCAGUGUGCUGUAUCUGCAAUGAUGGUGAGUGCCAGAACAGCAAUGUCAUCCUCUUCUGUGACAUGUGCAACCUGGCUGUGCACCAGGAGUGCUACGGUGUCCCCUACAUCCCUGAGGGCCAGUGGCUGUGCCGCCGCUGCCUACAGUCACCCUCCCGUGCUGUGGACUGCGCCCUGUGCCCCAACAAGGGUGGUGCCUUCAAGCAGACAGAUGAUGGGCGCUGGGCCCAUGUGGUGUGUGCCCUAUGGAUCCCUGAGGUCUGCUUCGCCAACACGGUCUUCCUGGAGCCUAUCGACAGCAUCGAGCACAUCCCGCCAGCUCGCUGGAAGCUGACCUGCUACAUUUGCAAACAGAGGGGCUCAGGGGCCUGCAUCCAGUGCCACAAGGCCAACUGCUACACAGCCUUCCAUGUGACGUGUGCCCAGCAGGCUGGCCUUUACAUGAAGAUGGAGCCUGUGCGGGAGACGGGUGCCAAUGGCACCUCCUUCAGUGUCCGCAAGACUGCCUACUGCGACAUCCAUACGCCUCCAGGUUCAGCACGCCGCCUGCCUGCCCUGUCCCACAGCGAGGGGGAGGAGGAGGAGGAGGAGGAGGAGGAGGAGGGUAAGAGUUGGAGCUCAGAGAAGGUCAAGAAGGCCAAGGCCAAGUCCCGGAUCAAGAUGAAGAAGGCGCGGAAGAUCUUGGCGGAGAAACGGGCAGCAGCACCUGUGGUGUCUGUGCCCUGCAUCCCACCACACAGGCUCAGUAAAAUCACUAACCGCCUGACCAUCCAAAGGAAGAGCCAGUUCAUGCAGAGGCUGCACAGCUACUGGACGCUAAAGAGGCAGUCACGGAAUGGGGUCCCACUGCUGCGUCGCCUGCAGACACACCUGCAGUCUCAGAGGAACUGUGACCAAGUUGGGAGAGAUUCUGAAGACAAGAACUGGGCCCUCAAAGAACAGCUCAAGUCCUGGCAGCGGCUUCGGCACGACCUGGAGCGAGCCCGGCUGCUGGUGGAGCUGAUCCGCAAGCGGGAGAAACUCAAAAGGGAGACGAUCAAGGUCCAGCAGAUUGCCAUGGAGAUGCAGCUGACCCCUUUCCUCAUCCUCCUUCGAAAAACCCUGGAGCAGCUCCAAGAGAAGGACACAGGCAACAUCUUCAGCGAGCCGGUCCCUCUGUCUGAGGUACCUGACUACCUAGACCACAUCAAAAAGCCUAUGGACUUUUUCACCAUGAAGCAGAACUUGGAGGCUUACCGCUACCUGAACUUUGAUGAUUUUGAGGAGGACUUCAACCUCAUCGUCAGCAACUGCCUCAAGUAUAAUGCCAAGGAUACCAUCUUCUACCGGGCAGCAGUGCGGCUCCGUGAGCAGGGUGGUGCUGUGCUCCGCCAGGCCCGGCGCCAGGCAGAAAAAAUGGGCAUUGACUUUGAGACGGGCAUGCAUAUCCCCCACAGCCUGGCUGGAGACGAGGCCUCACACCACACCGAAGAUGCAGAGGAAGAGCGGCUGGUCCUGCUGGAGAACCAGAAGCACUUGCCGGUGGAAGAGCAGCUGAAGCUGUUGCUCGAGCGGCUGGAUGAGGUGAAUGCCAGUAAGCAGAGCGUGGGCCGCUCAAGGCGUGCAAAGAUGAUCAAGAAAGAGAUGACGGCACUGCGGCGCAAGCUUGCCAACCAGCGGGAAACUGGACGGGAUGGGCCUGAGCGGCAUGGCCCCUCCAGCCGGGGCAGCCUGACACCCCACCCGGCAGCCUGUGACAAGGACGGGCAGACAGACAGUGCCGCCGAGGAGAGCAGCAGCCAGGAGACAGGCAAAGGCCUGGGUCCCAACAUGUCCUCAACCCCCGCACAUGAGGUGGGCAGGAGAACCUCAGUUCUGUUCUCCAAAAAGAACCCGAAGACAGCUGGACCGCCCAAGAGGCCGGGCCGGCCCCCCAAAAACCGGGAGAGCCAGAUGACCCCCAGCCACGGAGGCAGUCCUGUGGGGCCCCCCCAGCUCCCCAUCAUGGGCUCCCUGCGUCAGCGCAAGCGGGGUAGGAGCCCUCGGCCCAGUUCGAGUUCAGACAGCGACAGUGAUAAAUCCACAGAAGACCCCCCAAUGGACUUACCAGCCAACGGCUUCAGCGGUGGAAACCAGCCAGUAAAGAAGAGUUUCUUGGUGUAUCGUAAUGACUGCAGCCUUCCUCGGAGCAGCUCUGACUCUGAGUCCAGCAGCAGUAGCAGCAGCAGCGCUGCCUCAGACCGGACCAGCACAACGCCUUCAAAACAAGGCCGGGGCAAGCCCUCCUUCUCUCGGGGCACGUUCCCAGAGGAUAGCAGUGAAGAUACCUCAGGCACUGAGAACGAGGCCUACUCCGUGGGCACUGGCCGCGGCGUGGGCCACAGCAGUAAGUACGCCUGCCCAAAGCCAGGGGUUCUGGGGGCCCAGUGUCAGGGCCUUGCCAGACCCCGGACUGCUGAUCCGCCCCCUCUCUCCCAUUCCUGUGAAGUGGUAAGGAAGAGUCUGGGCCGGGGAGCUGGCUGGCUGUCAGAGGAUGAGGACUCCCCACUGGAUGCUCUGGACCUGGUGUGGGCCAAAUGCCGAGGGUAUCCAUCAUACCCAGCUCUGAUCAUUGAUCCAAAGAUGCCCCGGGAAGGUAUGUUCCACCAUGGGGUUCCCAUCCCUGUGCCCCCACUGGAGGUGCUGAAACUUGGGGAACAGAUGACCCAGGAAGCCCGAGAGCAUCUCUACCUCGUCCUCUUCUUUGACAACAAGCGAACCUGGCAGUGGCUGCCCAGGACUAAGCUGGUUCCUCUGGGCGUGAACCAGGACCUUGACAAGGAGAAGAUGCUGGAGGGCCGGAAAUCCAACAUCCGCAAGUCAGUACAGAUCGCCUACCACAGGGCUCUGCAGCACCGCAGCAAGGUGCAGGGCGAGCAGAGCAGUGAGACCAGCGAUAGUGACUGAUACUGUCCAGCACAACCCAACCUACAGUGCCCUGCCACCUCUCUCCUCCCCUUUGCUCACUGUCCUGGAGUGGCACCGGCCUCUGCACUGACUCAUUCCUGGUCUUGGGGCCAGUCUCAGGGGAAGCUGGGUGGGGGAGGUCCCUCCCGCCCUGAGUGCAGCUGGACUGUACAGAACACUCCAAGGGCCCAUGGGGGCUCUGCGCAAUGAGAGGGGAGGUUCCACAGGCCAGAAAGCUCCAGAGACCUCACGGCAUUGUAGCGCAAGUUGGUGGGCCAAGCUUAGGACGCUGCGUAACACAGGCCAUCCAACCACCUCUGCCUACUCAUGCCAGGAGAACCCCUAACUGCCUAGUGGCCUGAGGCCCCUGAGGUGGUGAGGUGAGCUGGCAUCUGCACAGCCUAGCAGUGAGAUUGAUGUGUGUCCAGCCCGGAAGAGGGGCACUAGGUGACCCCCCUCCCCUGCUGUUGUAAAUACUGUAAAUAGUGGAGAAUUUAAAUUAUUCUCAUUUGUAACUGCGUUUCCGGGUCGCGCCAGAGUCAUUUGGUACUAAAAAAAAGACUGGGGCCUGUCCCCACUUCCCUUCUUCCCAUAGAUUCCCCCACCUUUCAAACUGGUUUGUAUUUAUUUCAAAGGAAGAAAAUAUAUUGAUUCUUAGAAAAUAAAUGGUCUGUUUGGAA